GAAAAUGAUGGUUUUCUGGCGUUCUGCUACAAAGUAACGACAGUUUCUUCAAACGGAAAAUGUAUUAUUGUUUAGUUACAUGUUGACGUUUACCUAGUCGCAGCACGGCGGUUCCAGAGAAGAAGAAAAAACGCUUAAAUUAACACAUCUGGUCAGACAUAUAUUGGAUUCGGUUCUUGUCCGUGCGUUAAAACAUAAAAACGGAAUGUGAAGAGAAAACUGGAAAACUGCAGAAGGAAUAAAACAGCGCCCGACUGUAACGAGAGAGGAUUAGCGCGCGCGCUUCCUCUCUGCUAAGAAUCCAUUGAGAACGAGGAAGGGAAAAAAAAGAAAGCAGCAGCUCCACGCCACUCUUGUUUUACGAAAUCGCUUGAAGGACUGGAAUGAUGCAUAGCGUUUCUCUCGUUUCCUCGCGACUGUUGUUUUUAGAUGCGAACUUGAAGAUUUUACGUUUAAUUUAGCGGGACAGAAGAGCGUUUGAGACCCGACACUUUUAGACGCAUUCGGCAUUUCCUAUGCGUUCACUCUAUGUACGUUUAAAUAAGUACCCUCCACACCCUUUCAGUGUAACAUUAGGAUAUAUUCUGACCUGCUGAAGUGUUUUAAAGCUCGAUGAUUUUUCUACUCGUGGUUUGGGUCUGCAAUUCGCCGCCAGGCCUGAAACAUUUGCUCUUGAUCAAAGCCCUUUAAUGCGGCACACAUUUAACGUCAGUCUUUAACGGGUUUUAACGCGUCAGAUGAACAUCAGGUCUGAUCCAUAAAGCGUCACUGAUUCCAAAACCGAAGGUCUGAUCUCCAUUAAACGCUCAUCAUACGCCACACCUGCAGCCCACUUCAAUGUUAAUGUCGACCGACGUCGCAUCUCUAAUGCUGUCCGUGACCCGUGGGAUCAUGGAGCGCGCGAGGGAUCUGGACUCCGGUUCGGCCGGAGUUCGGGGGAUGAAACGCGGAGACCCGGAACCGGAGGGUGCCGCAGCGGCGGGGGACUCUGUCGGGGCUGAAUGCAAACGAGCGCGAAUGGACAGUACGGGAGAGAUCGGACAGGGUUCACAGGAAACAUUGGGGUCUCAGGAGGGUCUCGUUCCUCAGUUCUCAAACUUCCCUCCCCCUCAGAACGGCCUGGCGCUGGAGUUUGGAGGGGGCAGUAUUUACCCCGCAGGGGGACAGGGGCAAACGGAGCCACAGGCUGGAGUUAGUACCCCCUCCUCUAACCCCAGCACUCAACUGUCAGAUGGGUCUCCUCAGGCAGAGGUUCAGUGCGUGUCCGCUGGCGGUUCAGGCAGUGAAGAAUCCUCAGAAGCCAAAGGAACCCCAAAACGACUUCAUGUUUCCAACAUCCCCUUCCGCUUCAGAGACCCAGACCUGCGGCAGAUGUUUGGGCAAUUUGGAAAGAUUCUGGAUGUGGAGAUCAUUUUCAAUGACAGGGGCUCAAAGGGUUUUGGUUUUGUGACGUUUGAGACCAGUGCAGAUGCAGAGAAAGCGCGAGAGCGAUUGCAUGGGACCAUUGUAGAAGGACGAAAGAUCGAGGUCAAUAAUGCUACAGCUCGAGUGAUGACCAAUAAGAAGUUGGUUAGUCCAUAUACUAAUGGAGAAGGUCUCAGCACUCUGCCCUAUGCUGGGUGGAAAUUUAGUCCUAUGGUGGGAGCCAUGUACGGACCAGAGCUCUAUGCAGUUGCAGGGUUUCCGUACCCCACCGCUGCUGCUGCUGCAACUACAGCUGCAACAUUCAGAGGGGCGCAUCUGCGAGGCCGCGGGCGGCCAGUGUUCGGAGCUGUGCGUGCCACUGUUCCUCAGGCUGCCAUGCCGACUUAUCCCAGUGUGGUGUACCAGAAUGGGUUUUAUGGAGCGUCAGAUCUGUAUAGUGGCUAUACUACGUAUCGUUACACUCAGCCGGCGGCAGUAGCGGGACCGGCGGCGGCAGCAGCAGCAGCAGCGGCUGCCUACAGUGACAGCUAUGGUCGAGUGUAUGCAGCAGAUCCGUACGUGGCUGCGCUAGCAGCUCCGGCAGCGUAUGGAGUUGGAGCAAUGACGACACUCUACAGAGGAGGAUACAGCCGGUUUUCGCCAUAUUAAACACCUUUAGUACACUUCCUGAUUCUCUGUCUCUCUGAUACUUCAACAGCUGGUGACAUCGGAGGGAAAAUUCAAAUCACACUUUUGGACAAACAAAAUUCGAAACGCAUCUUAUGAAUGAAACUUUAAAUACAUCAAAGAAAGUGGAUUUUUAAAAAGGAAACAUGAUAACGUCAACACUAAAUGGUAACAGAGAUAUCUGACUGAAACUGCUUGACUGAUGAACUCAAAUAAUUUCUUCCUUCGGCUCAUCUCUCAGCACAUAUGCAUGCAGUAAUGGCUUUAAGACUGCCUCUAGUUGCCAUUGAACUACUUGUGCACAGGGUGUCAGGACUGCAGUGAAUAAAUUUGUAUGUCACCGUCACUGUUUCGCACUACAAUAAUUAUCGAUAUUCUUUAAGAAACGUAAGAGACAUUCAUCUGGGCGCACUUGUCUGCGGUUAAAUCAUUUUGAAAUACGUGGAUCUGAUCGGCACUGUGCGGGAGGACGAUGCUAUUAUCCCAAACACAGCAACAUGAUAAGAGACAAGCAUCAUGGUCUUCCUUUCUCUGAGAAGAUCUUGGAUGAAAGGAAACGCCAACAGCUGUUACAAAUCACAGAACUUUUGAUGGACACAAAUGGGACAAUGUGUCAUAAUAUUCCAUUUUGCUGAAAGCUUUGUGUUCUAAAAACCGUACCUCCAUUCAGACCAAUUUGAAGAGGCAUACCUUUCAAAUUAAAUAGUCAUUAUAUGCAAGUAUACUAGAAUAGACACAAAAUUUUACCAUACAUUAUUAUUAGUCAAUAGUUUCUCAUGGUUAUGCGUGAUGGCUUUGAAGAAGUGGAAGAGCACAAUGUGAACCUGCAUGAAUACACAAAAGAUGCCAACACAGACCUAAUGACUAUAGCAAGUAUUUAAAUUAUGCUAAGAAAAUAUUUACUUUUUUUUUUUGUCAGACUUUGGAAUUGAAAAGCCCUUCUUGAUGAAAAGCUCUUUUAUUAGCAUAGUUUGUAAAAUAUGUAAGUUUUAGCCCAAAUUUCAAAGGAGAGAGAUGGUGGAUAUUUUUUUUUUUUACUAUUUUAAAAGAGAACUAUGUAGUAUUUUUUAUUUUUUUUUCGUCAUCUUUGCAGUCUCUUCAAUUCAGUAUAUUGGUAUUUUUGCUUUUUUUGCAUUUUCGUUCCAAAGAUGAGUCAAGCACAUUCUUGAUCAUGUGUAAAUGUAUUUGUAAUUCUAUAGUUUUUUUGUAGCAAUAGGUUUUUGGUCACAUGACCAGUUUCUUUGUGAAAUCGUAUACAUUUUCUGUUUUUUGCAGGACAUCCGUUUCAGGAGUUAGAAAGUUCUAGGUAGCCUUCCUGGUGAAGGACUGAAAACAUUUAGCAAUUUUAGAGUUUCAGAAUUAAUUUCACCACAACAAUUUGUGUGGAGGAGGCAUGUUCUGUUGACCCUAAGAGUCUGAAUCAUUGUACUGGGCCUCAAUCGGACCACAACACUAAACCAGACUGAGUUUUUGUUUGUUUUUCUUUUCUUUUUGUUCAAAAGGUACUUUGCAGUCUCUGCAUACAUUUUCUACAGAAUUAUAUGAGAUUUAAAUUUCUCAGAACCUAAAAAACCUUCAGGCUUUUAAAGAUGCUUUUGAAAAAGACACCUCUUCUUCUGUCCGUUUCCCCUGUAGCAGCUGCACUGUUGGUGCCGUUGCAGGUAACUUGGACUUCGACAUGGAGAGGUAAUUCUUAAGUGACAUUUUGUCUCCUGAGGAUGGAGUGAACGGACUGAAAUCCCCUCCAUUUGUGCAGUAAAGUAUUAAAAUGGUGUCUCUUAUUUACCAUUCUUGCACCUUAUUAAUAUGAUGCCCAUUCCACAUACUCUCCUUUGGUUUACAGUGUAACCGUGUUUUUGAGCUUCUCUCUACAUAUUCUGAUUCCAUUU